AACAGUGCUUACAAUACAAACCAGCGCACCUUUGUAUCAUUGAUACGUUAGACGUUAGUUAGUUGGAAAUCGGUCGGAGUGUAAAUUUGAUCCGUCAUAUCGGAGUUCUCCAGCAUCCCUUACAUCUCGAUCAACACAAACGCCAGCUUCUUUUAAUCUGGUGUUCUUGUUGAUUGAUUAAACGUCGAACACUCGCAGAUUCCUCGCUUUUCACAUCAGGUUUUUUGACAUUUUCUUAAAGAUAGUCAGCGUUACCUGAAAGCGUCAUAGUGGCGGGAGGGAUACAUUAUGAUGCUGUAAGGGGGUGCUGUGAAGGGAUGAAAGAGCCAUUGUCUAACCACUAACAAAAUGGUUCUGGAGACGCUUGACUGAGUAGAAAGUAGAAGCCAUCAAAGCAACGGAUUUUCACUUUGAAGAUAUUAUGUGAGAGGAUUAAAAUCACUCGCCACAAUAAUGGAGCAGGCUAAUCUGAGUGCUGUUGUCCACCUUUGCGUCAGUAAAGAUCAAAAACGUGUCCGUGUGGGGGUUCACAACAAAAGCACUGCUGAGGACCUUUGCGUGCUCGUCGCCAAGAUCGCUGGGAUCGGUCCUGUGGCGAGACAUCUAUUUGCUCUUCGAGUGUCUCCCUGCCUGGACAAAGACUCACCCAUUUGGCUCCAUCCCAGUGCCAAGAUUGAAUUGUUGGACAAACUUGAAUUUGAGUUUCGCUUGAGAUUUAGAAUCGCGGACUUAAAACGUCUUCAUAGCAUAGACCUGACAGCUUUCAACUACUGUUUCCACCAAGUGAAAAAUGACGUUAUGGAAAACAAAGUCCCAGGGAUUGAGACUGACAAACACCUUCACGUACUUACUGGUCUUGCAGUAACAGAUAUGUACCGGGCCGUAUUGGAAAAGGAUAUGGACCGUGGCGUUAUUAAAAAAGAAUAUAAAAAAUAUUUACCGAAGGAGAUUGUGAAGCAACACUCGAUUUUUGCCAGGAAACCCAUUUUGGAAAACUUUGAAAAAAUCCUGACGAGUGAAAUUAAAGAUCCAAACAUGGUCAAAUUGCGAUACUUCCAGCAUUUCGAAGAAAUUGCCCCGAGUUACUUGACAGAAGAAUUUAAGGCGAAAAUGGACCAAGACGAGGUCGUCUUCAAUGCCAUUCUAAGGGUCAAUCCUUUCCACAAGACUAAUCCUGGUAUUUCGUAUUGCAAGGAAAAGGGAAACGAAUGGAAAGUACUGUGCUCCAUUGAUGAGCUUUGCUUCAUCUCUGCACGUGAAGAUAAUGUAUCGGUGGAGAUGUCCAGGAGAAACGGAAUACCGAUUCACAUGCAGUUUUUGAGUCGGCCAAGCAUGUACUCGUUUGUUAGUCUGCUCGAUGGGUAUUUCCGGCUCCUCUCCAAGUGGACAUUUAACCUGUGUAUGGACAUGUACACGCCGUCACUGAUCAAGCUCCAAGCCCUCAAGUGUCAUGGACCAGUCGGGGGGAACUUUUCCUAUGCGAAGCUGCAGGAGAAACGAGACUGCAAACCAGGCUGCUACAUCUUGCGAGAAAGUGAGAGGCAAUAUGAGGUUUACUUUCUAGAUGUGUGCGUGAAUGGAAGGUCCAAGCCGAAGACUUUCAAAAUUGAAAAAACUAACUCUGGUCAGUUCAUGUUUCAAUACGACAGCCAAAACUACCCCAGCGUCCUUGAUAUAAUUAUCAAAUACAAGACUGCACAAGGCGAGCUUCAAUUGGAAGAGUGUAUUCCACCCUCAGAAUUUGACCAGUCCCAGUUGCUGCUGUGUCAAUUGGAUAAUCCACAUUUCAAAAAUGCAGCCAAGUCCGAUGAGCUGAGUGGACCACAUUUCAUCAACCACAAAAAUAUUCAGGUCUUCAAAGGAGACAAGAAGUUCAGAGAAGGAGGAAUCUGUGCUGUGUACCGUUGUGUCUUAACGUUACCAAAGUCAAUCAAACGGGAAUGCGCCAUGAAGAUCGUUAUGACAGAGCACGAAGACAAGUACUACAAAGAAUACGCCCAACUUGUCAACCAGUGGGCCUUUCUGCAGUCGAAUGCAGUGGUGAAGUUCUACGGCAUCACUCUGUGCAAUCCAUUUUCCAUGGUGACCGAGUACCUGAAGCUCGGCCCUCUGGACAAAUACCUCCAAACUCACAAAGGCAUCAUGGCCCCUGAGGACCUGGUUGAAGCCAGCGCCGCCUUGUCGACAGCUCUGUGGCACAUGGAGGAAGAAGGAAUUGUCCACGGAAACAUUCGAUGCCACCAACUGAUGGUAUCAGCUCACACAGAGCGCACUUUCGAGGUCAAGCUCACCGAUCCAGGCCUCCAUCAAUAUACUGAAAGAGACAUUCCAUGGAUUCCGAUUGAGUGCUAUGGAAACCUAAGUCUGGCAGGAAAGUCUAAGUUUGCAGAUGUUUGGGCAUUUGGCACCACUCUCUGGCAGAUUUUCUCAUUCGGCAUGAACCCUUGUCAUGUAGAUGUCUCGUUUUAUUCCAAGAUGUUUUACACCAAGAACAGAUUGCCAAAACCAGAAGGCUGUCCAGCAGACAUUUACCGUCUCCUCUUGGAAACCUGGAACAUUGAUUUCCACAGCCGGAAGAGACCACAAGCUAUUUUGCGGGACAUCAAUCAGCAGAUGUACCAAGUUUACAACUCAAGAAGGAAACACAAUUACGCCAUUCCUUCCGAGCCGAAAAGCAAACUCGACACUAUCUCCUCUGCCAAUUAUAGUCUUUCAGCUUCAUGCGUCAGUCUUUCAUCAGGCACAACAGAUCUCACAGAUCUGGAUGAGUCAAAGCACUUCUUUAAUGGCCUCAUAAAUGGGCUGUCCCUCGACAAUUUAAGCCUGAACGAGAACGAUCCUAUGGAUUUCCUAGUAGACAACUCAAAUGCUGGCUUGAAUACCAUUUUCGAACUUGAUGGUUGCCACGUCGAGUUUUUGUCGAAAAUUGGUUCGGGGAACUAUGGUGAGGUUUUCCAAGGGAAAAUGUCUAGUCCCGGUGGAGCGGAUAUGCCUGAGAGGCUGGUAGCCAUAAAGCAAGUGAGGGACAACGGCAGAGUGUCAAACUACCUGAUAGAUUUUCAGAGGGAAAUCAAUAUCAUGAAGACUCUGGAGCACCCAAACAUUGUGCAAAUCAUUGGAGUUGUUGAAGGGCCUCAAAUUUCUCUUGUGAUGGAGUUUGUGGCUCAUGGUUCCUUGGAUUGUUAUUUGAAAAUCAAUCGGGACAGCAUCAGCCAAGCGCAACUCUUGAAGUUUUCUCUCGACAUCGCUAAGGGCAUGAACUACCUUGGACGAAAAAAAAUCGUCCACAGAGAUCUUGCAUCGCGCAAUAUUCUAGUUGCCAGUCACGAACACGUCAAAAUUUCUGACUUUGGAUUGGCGCAGUACAUGAACAAUGACAACCACUAUCAGUGGCAAACACAUAGAGAACUGCCCAUCAAAUGGUACGCCCCUGAAAGUAUGCUACACGGCUUAUUCUACCCCCUCAGUGAUGUCUGGUCUUACGGAGUGACUCUGUACGAACUCUUUUCGUAUGGCGAGGAUCCUGAACUGAAGGACGAUGGAGGUCAUUCUUACGAAGACAACCUACAAUUUCACGAAGCACUAAAAGCUGGCCAAAGACUUCCAUGUCCUGACACAUGUCCGCAACAAGUAUAUUGCAAACUGAUGGUGCCAUGCUGGGAAUUUGAAAUGAAAGACCGACCAAGUUUCUUCAAACUGAUAGAAACAGUUAAAAGUAUAUCGCUGUAGAAAGAAACUCUCGCUAAUGUGAUCCUCUUGCAUUUAAGGUGCCAAAUUUUAUCAGUUCAAACUAUUCCUGAAAGGCAAACUAAGCCUAAAAUAAUUUGGAUUUGAGGGUCAUAAAUUAAUCAGAUCUGAAUCUUCAUGUCCCUGUAUUCACGUGAUCAUUACUAAUAAUUGGUCAGUUUUACCUAGAUGACAAGGGGGUUUUUCAUGUGGUUUUUUUAAUUAUAAUGAAUAUCUUGCGUAAAUGUAUAUAUGGUAAUUUAGUUUACAGAUAUUAACCCAUUGACUGAUCCAAAAUUUUUUAAUUUUAUCAAUUUUAGUCCUAUUAGUGUUAUGAAGCGAUGUAUUAAAAAAAAUUGGUAAUGUCUCUUUUAGCAAGGUGAAUCUUACGGUGAUUAAUAAAAUACCUGUUGAAAUUUUAAAGUGAAGAUCACUGUUGAUUGCUAAACUUUCAGGUGAAAUUAAUGUUUAAGCUAGCAGUUCCUCUGGUUUCCUUGACUAAUCAAGACAAUUACCGACUAAUAAUUGAAGAAUUAACUAAAGCAGAUUUAGUUGAUUAAGCAGGAUCAUGCAGUAAAUAAAAGCAGAAUGGAUCGGUUUCAAUACGUAUAUUGAUUAAUCAAGAAUCUCAAUACUUGUGCAUAUGAUUUUACAAAUUAAUGUUCUUUUCCCGAAUUCGCGUGUUUAAACUUCGUGUGUCUUUCACUUUGUGUCCUUUAGGCACUUCUUCGCGGCUUGGUUGUGUACUCACAGUUUAGAUGACCAUUUUACGUGUGAUAAGCUUUGUUGGUCACUCACAGAUGAGUUGGCUGUGCUCUCGCUGCCUGGUGCUAGUGCUGGCCUUGCAAGCGCUGUCUUCUGCUGGUGGAGAAAUGUUCUUACAGUGUCCUUGUGGCUAUUUAGUUGAAGAUCGUGGCGGUCUUACACCUUUCCUGUGUGGGAGCAGGAAAAGUAGUUCUGUCCAUUUGGAUUUGACGCAGACACAGGAAAACCCACUUGAAAACCUGUAUC